UCGGGCGCGGGGAAGACGACGAUGCUCAACGUGCUCAGCGGCCGCGCGUCCUACGGCGUGACGACGGGCGUCGUCGCCAUCAACGGCGUGCCCGAGAGCGUCAAGGGCUUCGGCCCCUUCGUCGGGUUCGUGCCCCAGGAGGACACGAUGCACACGAACCUGACGGUGGGCGAGAACGUCGAGUUCUACGGCGCGCUGCGCCUGCCGCGGCACUACACGGCGUGGGACGUGCGCAAGGUCGUCGAGCGGACGCUCGAGGUGCUCGGGCUCGAGCACAUCGAGGGGUCCGUCAUCGGCGACGCGGAGAAGCGCGGCAUCUCCGGCGGCCAGCGGAAGCGCGUCAACGUGGCCAUGGAGAUCGUCAGCGACCCGAGCCUGCUCUUCCUCGACGAGCCGACGAGCGGGUUAGACAGCACGACGUCCUUCGAGCUCGUCCAGUCGCUGCGGGUCCUGAGCGGGCGGAAGGUCAACGUCGUCGUCGUGCUCCACCAGCCGUCCUUCUUCAUCUUCCGCAUGUUCCACGACGUGCUGCUCCUGUGCCGCGGCGGGCGCACCGCGUACUGCGGGCCGUCCGAGGGCGCGCUCCCCUACUUCGAGGCGUCGGGCUUCUCCAUGCCGGCCUUCGAGAACCCGGCGGACUUCUUCAUGGACGUCAUCGCGGGCAAGGCCGCGGUCCGCGACGGCGCGUCGCCCUUCGCCGGCGCGCUGGCGGACGUCGCGGGCGUCCAGGACAGCCGCAAGGGCGCGCGGCAGCACGCGGCGGCGCUCGCGGAGCUCUGGGAGCGCCACGCGGGCGAGUCCCGCGACACGCUCGAGGACGCGCCGCACCCGACGACGCCGGGGCGGCUGGAGCCCGCGGGGCGCCUGUCGCGGUCGAGCCGUCGCGCGCCGCGUCCAGCGAAACUUCGCAUCGAGGUCGACGCGGCCGAUGUUUGGACGACUCGUUGCCUCUCGUCGAGUUCUCACCCAUUGCAUUCGGGUUGA